AGUUAUUCUCAGUUUGUAUUUAGUUUUAACAAUGCGUUUGUUUAACAUAUUUUGUGUAUCUUUUAUCAUAGUCCUAAGAUUGAAAUCUGUACAACUUUUAGACUUCGAAUUUCAUAAUAACAAAGCUUUAACUAAUGUUUUAAAAAAUUUUUCGUCGAUGACUCGCAAUGGAAUUGAUGUGAAGAUGUAUUCUAUUGGAAAAUCUACAGGUAUACACGACGUAAAAAGUGAAGAUAUGUGGGUUCUUGAAAUAACAGCCGCUCAAAAUUUGACUGGAAUUCCUAAUGUAAAAUUGAUCAGCGGUGUUUUUGGAGAUGAACACAUUGGAACUGAAAUUUUACUUCACUUCGUAGAUUACUUAAUUAGUUCCUAUGAAACUGAAAAAUCUGUCAAGUAUCUUUUGGACAAUACAAGAAUUCAUAUUUUAUCACGAAUGAACCCAAGUGGUUAUCCUAUCACUCACGGGAAUCCGUUUCGGUAUGAUUUGGAUACAAUGUUUCCAGAUCUUUAUAAAGGUCCACAUGGAACACCGCAACUUGAGUCCGAAGCAGUUAUGAAAUGGAUGAACGAUAAUUAUUUUGUCCUUUCUGCAACUUUAAAUUAUGUUUACAAUAAUUUUGAUACGAUGGAAAUAAUUUAUCCAUACAACACAAAAGAUUUACAUCAGACAUCAAAAGAGUCGAUAACAUCAGAUAACGAUGUUUUUAAACAUUUAGCUAACGUAUAUUCUACAAAUUAUCACUCAAAUAUCGAACAAGAAAUUAAUAUCAGAAAUGGAGCUAAAACUAGACCAACACUACGUACGAUGCAAGAUUACAAUUACUUUAAACAUGGUUGUAUGGAACUGAAUAUAAAGAUUGAGGAUUCGAGUAAAUACAAGAAGAAUACAAUGAAGAUUCAACAAUCAUUUGAAAAUAAUAAAAAGGCUUUAGUAGAAUAUUAUCUUCAGGCAAAUCAAGGUGUAUUCGGGGUGAUUAGAGAUUCUGAAACCAAUGAACCGAUAAUAGCUCGAUUCAAAGUAAUUGGGAGAGAAAUGCUGUUUAAAACGAAUGCUGCUGGAGAAUUUUGGAAAAUUUUAGUACCUGGUAAUUACAAAAUUGAGGUUUCAGCGGACGGUUAUUAUAGACAAAAUGUAUCAUUUCAAGUAAAUUUAACAACACCAUAUCCACAAUUGACACGUUUACAAAUUUUACUUGUUUCCAAAAACACAGUAACAACGACAGAAUCAACUCUAACGCAACCUCAAUCAGAAAUGAAUACAAUUCACCUGAAACAUAUUCCAGAAGUAAUAGGACCAAAAAUUGGUGCUCGAGUAUCAAAUGCAAAUCGAUAUAACAUUAAUCUAAUUUUGAUAUUUCUUUCAAUACUUGCUUAUGUGCUCUGUUAUUAAUGUUUUGUAUAUCUGAAUUUCGCAAAUAGGGGAACCCGUCCCAUAAGUACAUAUCGUUCAAAGUGUUAAGACAGUAGGAUAGUUUUCAACAUUAGUUAUAUUUCUUUUAAGUCUUUGUAUUAUAUGUCAUACAUAUAGUAAUUGUGAUUAAAAAAUAAAUAGGGUGUAAUAUAUUUGUGUAACUGCGUAUCAAAUUUGAAUGAAAUCUUGUAAAGUUUGAUUGAGAUGUUUUCACCCUUUGCAAUAUUAAAUAGUAUUUUGUAGAGUGGUGCUAGUUUUUCUAAAACUUUAUUAUUACAUUCUAUUUUCAGUUUUAUAGUUUCAACUUUGUUUACUAACCGGUAUUGUCGGUUGCCUAUUCUAGAACGUGUUCGAAUAUUGAUUCGUUAAAUUAAACAUUAUUAAAGUUUAUACCUUAAAAUGUUUAUCAUGGAACGUUAAGGACUACUAUCGUUGUUUACAGAUUAUUCUAUGCUUUUUAUCGAUAAGAUCUUUAAUAAAUUUUUUAUUAAAGUUAUCUAUAUCCCAACCUUCACAAAAUUAGAAUAAAAUUGUAAAAUUAUUGUGAUCUAGCUAAAAUAAUCAAUGUUCCCAUUUCCAAUUAUGUUAUACAAACCCAAAUUAAUAUACUAUGUAUCUUCUAAAUAAAAAUUUCGAAUGUUA